CUUGGUUUGCGCAUCGACCCAGUUCAAUUACACUCUAUCUUGCUUUCGAAUAGAAAUCUGACCGGAACACGGAGGCGCAGAGGUGAUUGUGCCGCUGGUUGUAGAUCGACUGGCACAUUUCACAACUAGACCAGAUCGGGCCAUCCCUCGAACAGUAUAACUAUCGCCACUCCCGGACGCGAUGUCUUUUUUUCGAACGCCCCAACGCUUGUCCCAGUCCUCACAGGACCAUCGCAAUUCAGGCUUUCGCCGCUCGUCCAGAAUGGCAGACAGUCCUGCUCAGCGCAUCUUUGGCACUCCUGCUGACUCUGCUGUCGCCGAUGAUGAGCUCGCAAGCACAGCCAACUCCCCUUCCGCGCUGCCAAACCGUCGACCUAGUCGUAUCUCAUUCACUAAGAGGUCCAGUUUCUCGAGGUGGAGGAGUCAAGCUGACGAGGAGAUGGGGGAUGGUGGUGGAGGGACGCCUGUGCCACCACCCAUCCCAAGUGCGUUGCAGCAGUCGAACGAGAGCACGUCGACGCCACUUCCUAUGUUAUCUAUGAUUGUCUUGUCUAUCGCGCUACUGGGCGAGUUCUUGACCGCCAACGUAUCUAUGCCCUUCCUCUUGUUCAUGGUCGAUGGCUUUGGAGUCCUGAACGAGGAAGCAGACGUCGGUUUCUGGACUGGAAUACUCGUCGCUGCUUUCUUCCUCACUCAGUUCAUGACGUCACUUCUCUGGGCCACCGUGGCGGACAAAUACGGCCGGCGCCUUGUCCUCUUCGUCUCACUACUUGGAACCUCUUUCACCUGCUGCGCCUUCGGUACUUCCGUCACGCUCCGGGAGGCCAUCGCCAUUCGUCUCCUGCAAGGCAUCUUUGGCGGUGCUGUGGGCGUCGCUCGAGGCUGUGUCACCGUCGUCACAGAUCCCUCCAAUGAAGGGAGGGCAUACGCUAUUCUUGGUUUUUGCUGGGGUUUCGGAGGUGUGGCGGGUGCAAUCAUUGGUGGAACUUUCGAAAGCCCUGCAACUAAAUGGCCGGGUAUCUUUGGCUCUGUACCAUUAUUUGUAAAAUACCCAUACGUCUUGCCAACCAUAAUGGCAGCCUCUGUCACCUUCAUCGGCUCUAUACUCUCGCUCUUCCUCGGUCCAGAUGGUGGUCCACGCACCGGUGCCAUCCAACUCUCCGCCGAAAAAGAUCUCUCAGGCAACGACCCAAACCACCCCACAAUCCCCGAAGAAGACUCGGCGCCCGCCUCUCCUCUCCUCUCCCCCACCCUCUCUCCCUCCGACACAGGUAUCUACGGCUCUAUCCGCCGCAAAGUAAAACAUAAAGUAUCAGACUACUUCGCCAACCGCGUCAAAGACGCGCACGCUAGCGAUUCGCCUGGUGAAGCUGCGGUGCCCAUGUCCAUCCCUGGUUCUGGUUCUAAUGCGGCAGCAGGUCAGAGCUCGAGAGCGGCGAGUCGGACGAGCAGGUUUAAUGGAUCUGCGUAUGGUUAUGGGGGUGCGUCCAUGCCUAGAGCGAGUAUGGCAUUCCGUCAACGUCUCGAGUCGCGGGCUUCAGCUUCGGCACAGCGGGGGUCGACUUCCUCGGGCACGAUGCGUGGCCGCAGGGCGAGCGUUAUCCCCGGUUCUCUCGGUGCUGGCGGUGCUGGUGGCGGGCAUGAGGGCGGGGUGCCGAGUUCGUAUGGACAGGGUGACCUGAAUUUCGCGCAGAGGUUGUUGAUGGCGAACGAGAAUGCGGUGACGAAUAUCGCGGAUCUGUGGGUUGCGAGUGCGAUGAAUGUGGAUAAUGAGGAUGUGUUCGAGAGUGAUUCGGAGAUGGGAGGAGACGAGGAUGCCGAGGAUGAUAACGACAACGACGAUGACGCGGUGGGCCUCCGUGACGAAGACGAAGAGGACGACGACGAGCUCGAUGGCUCGCCCGUUCGGUCUCGUGGAGAGGGAAUGCCGUCGGUUUCACCUAGCGCAAGGCGGGGCAGACGAACAUCUCAGGGCUCCAACUCAGUCAGUCAGAAUCAAGUUUCCCUCGGCCACGGAACCCCUCGUCGUAUGUUCGGCGCUGCUCCCGCCGCGCCCACCAGUCGAUAUCGCCCUUCCUUCGGUGUCUCGUCCGCAGGGCCACAUUCACCUAUGGGCAGGAUGCCCUCGCUCAACCUCAACGCCAAUGCCGUAUCUCCAUCUGAAGGUGCUACGCCCCCUGCGGUUGGCGGCGGGAACGUGGGCACGUUUAGGAGGAUGAGCGCCGUACCGUCGAUCUUUGCGCAUCCGGGUGUGCAGACUCCGCCUGCUGUCCUCGAGGCGCAGAAAUUGCUUGAGCUGGGCGACGAGGGGACGCCUGGCGAGGUGUUCUCUCCGUACUCGCCGUUGAGUGGAGACGCGCGGGGGGGUGGAGAAGCGCAGGGACUGGGGGUGGGUGGAGAGGCGGAGGUGGGGCAGGAGGAGCAGGGACAGGGACAGGGGCUGAUGAAGCAGUUGCCGGUGAUGAUUAUUGUGCAGUAUGGGCUGUUGGCGCUGCAUUCGACGACGCAUGAUAUGAUAUUUUUGAGUUAUUUGAAUUCGCCGUACGAGAGUGGGGGGUUGAAUCUGAAUGCGGGACAUUUCGCGCAGUUGACGGCGUUGAUGUGUCUCGCGCAGAUCGCGUAUCAGUUCUAUCUCUAUCCUAACAUCGGUCCUCCCCGUGGCCGAUUCUCCCACCUCGCGAUGUUCAGACUGGGUUCGCUCCUCUUUAUUCCUGGAUAUAUCACAGUGACGUGGUAUCGCGUGUUUGCGAGUGCGAGCGAGGACGGGAAUUUCUUGUUGAUGGCUUGUUUGGCGGUUUCUACGGCCGUGAGGUUCUGCGGGAACACUUUCGCGUAUACGGCGAUUUCGAUCUUGUUGAAUUACAUGUCCCCGCCACACGUCGUGGGUCUCGCUAACGGAAUCGCUCAGAGUAUCGUCAGUUUGGCGAGGUGCUUCGGGCCUAUUCUCGGUGGUUUGCUCUGGUCCGUCUCGGUCGAGGGGAACCCGUCAGGAUAUCCCAUCGGUUUCUGGGUUUGCGCUGCCGUGUGUGCACUGUCGGUGUUGCAUAGCAUGCUCAUUCGCUGAGCGAUUGGAUACAGUGUUGCUUUGUUACGACUCUUACCCGCUUAUGCCAUGACUCGCAUCUUUCUUGCUCUUCGCUUUCCUUACUUUUCGUCUUCUACCACUUGUAGUUUCCCGUCUGUCUUUUUCUCUUUAUACCUCUUUUAUCCGCUUCGCUUCGCUUUCGUUGAUCGUCGGUCGCAUACAUAUACUCAUGGGACAUUGAUAUGAUAUGAUAUCCGUUUGUUAACUUGAAUUUCUCUCACUCUCACGUAGACUAGACUCGUCGGUCGUAUCAUAAUGUUCUCCCGUCUCACUUCUUUCUUUCAUGCGUUGUCGUUUACCGUUUACUUGACCAUCUCGAUCUCCAAGGCGUCACGCUUUCUGUCUAUUAAUCAUAACGCAACGCAAGAAUCCCACUAAAUCGCUCACUCCGUCCGUAACUGACCCACAUCCCUCAAUAUGCAUCGAUUUUCUUC